UUGUGUGUGAUCCUAAUAUAUUGAAGGAAUAUGAUUUAUGGAGCCUAUUUAUUUUCUACAUAAUCAUCAGUAUUAAAUGAAAUUAGUGGUCAUAACUCCUCAUUUCUACAACUAUGUGGAUCAUGACACCUACUAACCUACUUGACCUAGAUCAAAGACUUGACAAAGUUGAUCCCUACCACAACCUCUGUCUCCUUCUAUAAAUACAAGAUCUCUACUCAUAGAGCACCAACAACCCCACUUAGUGUUGAGUGUUUUGUCACCAAGAGUCCGUCCCUAUCCCACCACCAAGUUGCAUGCCCUUGCGCAAACCAAGAACUUCUGUUGUUUGAGGUUGAGGUGUCCUAGUGUCUAGCACCCAUGGAGAAUAAUAGUAGCAAUAGUAGCUUGUUUGUGUCCGCAAUAGGCAUAGGUGUAGGAUUGGGUGUCGGCCUUGGCCUGGCAUCGACACAACUCAUGGCAUCUUCACCAAGAGGGGGUAGGACCUUGGGUGGUGGUGCAACAACUACAGAAAUCGAAUCAGAGCUUCGAUGCCUCCUUGUCGAUGGGCAAGAGACCAAAAUUUCCUUUUCAAACUUCCCAUAUUAUCUCAGCGAGGAAACGAGGCUAGCACUCAUGAGCGCAGCAUUUCCCUACCUGAGUCAAACUAUUCUGCCAAAGAACAUUGAAGUAUUCAAGGACUCAAGCCGCACCAUACUACUUUGCGGUCAAUCAGAGACAUGCCUGCAGUCACUUGCUAAGGCCAUUGCGAACCAAUUCAAUGCACGUUUGUUACCACUGGAUAUGUUUGAGUUCUCGCAUCAGAUCCAACAGAAAUAUGGUGGCUCAAGCAAUGCACAGGUUCCUAUAAGAUCCAAAACUAUGUCAGCUUUGGAAAAAGUGUAUGAUUUUGUUGGAUCAUUAAGGAUAUUUUGCAAGAAGGAUGAGUCAGCAGGAUCAGUGGAUCAUGUAAAGAGUAAUCAUGAUUUAAACACAAGAUGUGUUCAUUGUAAGAACAUGAAGUCAGUUGGGGAAUACACAACCUUAUUAUCUAAUGAAAAAAACAAAGACUCAGAAUCCAAUGAUGAUGACGACGACGACGACGACGAUGAUGAUGAUGAUGAUGAUGAUGAUGAUGAUGAUGAUGAUGAUGGUAGUGGUGGUUUUGGUGUUCCAGUAUGGAACUUGGAUGUGGAAAUUCUCUUACAGUGCCUUUACAAGAUCAUUGUUUCGGCUUCUGCAUGUAGCCCUGUUAUUCUUUAUAUCAGGGAUGUUGAUAUUAUCCUUCGUAGUUCACCGAGAGCAUUUUGUAUGUUCCAGAAGAUGUUGAACAAACAAUUUGGAAGAGUUUUGAUAAUCGGUUCGCACUUCCUUGAUGAUAAUCAAGAUAGUGAUGACAUUAAUAAGGAUCUGACUAAUCUAUUCCCAUACAUCCUGGAGACCAAGCCACCCAAUGAAGAGGCUCAUCUUCAGAGAUGGACAAGACAAAUGCGAAAUGAUAUGAUAAAAGCUCGGGAUGAAAUCCUUAAACAUCAAAUUGUAGGGGGUUUGUCAUCAUAUAAUUUGGAGUGUGAUGAUUUGAGUUCUAUCUCCCUACAUGAUUAUGUAGAAAUUGCAAGUUACCUAGAGGAUAUUUUAGCCCCAGCAGUCUCAUACCAUUUGAUGAAUACCCAGGACCCUAAGUACAGAAAUGGAAGGCUUAUUCUAUCUUCAACGAGUUUAUGUUAUGGAUUAAGAAUUUUUCAAGAAAGUAACCUUGAGAAAGAUUCGGUUGAAACGAAAGACGACUCAAAGGUCACUAAAUACAAUGAAUAUGAGAAGCAGAUAAGAGAAUUAGUCAUCCCUGCCAGUGAAAUAGGAGUGACAUUUGAUGAUAUUGGAGCACUAGCUGAUAUCAAAGAAUCAAUUUGGGAGCUUGUCAUGCUUCCACUUCAACGGCCUGAUCUCUUCAGUGGUGGUCUAUUAAAACCAUGUCGGGGAAUUCUAUUGUUUGGACCACCUGGAACGGGUAAAACUAUGCUUGCUAAAGCUAUAGCCAAUGAAGCUGGUGCUAGCUUCAUGAACAUUUCAAUGUCCACCAUCAUGUCAAAAUGGUGUGGAGAGGCCGAGAAGAGCAUCCAAGCAUUGUUCAGUUUAGCUGCCAAAAUUGCACCAGCCAUCAUUUUCAUGGACGAGGUAGACAGCUUGCUAGGGACACGUGAACGUUCAAAUGAAAAUGAGGUAUCAAGGAGGAUCAAGAAUGAAUUCAUGAUGCAUUGGGAUGGAGUCUUGUCCAAACCAAGUGAAAACAUUCUUGUCCUCGCUGCAACAAACCGACCUUUUGACCUUGACAAUGCAAUCAUCAGGCGGUUUGAGCACAGGAUAAUGGUUGGUCUCCCUACUCUUAAGAGUAGAGAGCUAAUUUUGCACAAGUUGCUUUCCAAAGAAAACAUUGAAGGUAUAGACUUCAAGGAACUUGGCAAAAUGACUGAUGGAUAUAGCGGUAGUGAUCUAAAGAAUCUUUGUGUGGCGGCCGCUUAUCGUCCUAUUCGAGAGCUACUUCAAAAAGAAAAACAAAUGGAGAAGGACAAGAAGGAAAAGGAAGUGAAAGGGAAUAAUGUGCAUGUUGAGAACCCACAAAAUGAAGAAAGCAAGAAGGAAAAGUCAAAAGAUAGGAAAGACAUGGAAGCCAUUUCAGAGGAGGAGGACGAGGAUGAAAUCAAUGAGGCAAUCACCCUUAGGCCAUUAACCAUGGAGGACCUGAAGCAGGCCAAAGAUGAAGUCUCUGCAAGCUUUGCUAGUGAUGGUGUAAUCAUGAAUGAGAUCAAGCAAUGGAAUGAGCUAUAUGGAAAAAGUGGGUCAAGGAAUAGGCAAAAGCUAACAUACUUCCUGUAGUGAAUGGUUCUGAGUUAUGUUGUCACCCUUGUUAUACCUUUGAUUUGUAUGGAAAUAACAUAAUGUUUGUGGUUGUCAUUCAAGUUGGCCUAUGUAUCCAUUUAAGAUUGGUUUUCCUACAACAGAAGAUAUUAUGUGUAACUGCUUUAUUGCUGACUAAAAUCCAAAUGUUAUG